ACUAGGCAGCAAUCCGAGGGCAACUCUAUUAAGCCCCAAUUGCGAGAAUAAUUCUGUGCAGAUAUAUUAUAAAAGAAGUGGUUUCACAAUUCUCUCCUCUCUUCCAAGGGCCAUAAUGGCUGGAGCGAACGGGUUGAAGAGAGCCAGAUCGCCGGCCAGGUCAAUUUCUCCACCCCCGACAAAACGCGCGAUCAAGUCGACUGUAACAGAAAAAACGGUUGCUGCGUUCUUCACUCCUGUUUCGCAGAAGCAAGAAGUCCAGAAGAAAGUCAGCUGGCGACUCGUCGAUAAUAGCCUUAUCAUUGGGAAAUAUGCAGACCCUGACAAGGAAGCCAGACAGCCUUCGUCAACAGACGCUAAGAGAAAGGUCGCUGCGUUCGAUCUCGACUCUACCCUCAUUAAAACAGCAUCUGGGAACACUUUCCCAAAGGGUCCGAACGACUGGAAAUGGUGGCAUGCCACUGUUCCCGGAAAAAUCAAAGAGUUAAACUCAGAGGGGUACCAGAUUGUUGUGAUAUCCAACCAAGGAGCUAUCAAGCUCCAGAAAGACAACAAACCAGGAAAGGGAGAGUCGAAAAGUCUCGGUAAUUUCAAAGAAAAAGUGAAUGCUGUGUUGAGGAGCCUGGAUACUCCGUUGAGCGUGUAUGCCGCCGUCCAGAAAGACGGGUAUCGCAAACCACGUAUGGGGAUGUGGAGGGAAUUCCAGGAAGAUUACGAUUUAGAUGUGGCCGGCGUGGACUUGCCCAACUCAGUCUUCGUUGGCGAUGCUGCCGGCCGUCCUGGCGACCAUUCGUGUUCGGAUCGCGACUUUGCAGAGAAUAUUGGGAUUCCCUUCAAGACGCCGGAGGAAUUUUUCCUCAAUGCCGCGCCGGAGCCGUACACGCGAACAUUCGAACCUCUCUUGUAUUUACCUUCGGAUACCGUUGAACCCCCUCCAACCCCAUUCUCCAAGGAACAUCCACAGGAACUGGUGAUCUUCUGUGGAAGCCCGGGGGCCGGCAAAUCGACCUUCUACUGGAAUCAUCUGCAGUCGCUGGGCUACGAGCGAGUAAACCAAGAUGCGUUGAAAUCCCGUGACAAAUGCCUCAAAGUAGCGAGGGAGCAUCUUACUUCUGGGCGAUCAGUAGCAGUCGACAACACCAAUCCUGAAUCUGCAACCCGUAAACUCUGGAUCGACCUCGCCCGCACGCUCGACAUUCCCAUCCGAUGCAUCUACUUCACCGCACCGACGACGGUCUGCCAGCAUAAUAACGCUGUUCGAGCCGCGAAUCCAGACUUAAAUCCCGAGUCGCGCGACCUCGUGCCCACCAUAGCCUUCACGGGGUUCAGUAGUAAACUGCAAGAACCGACGGUUGAAGAGGGCUUCCACGAUGUUUACCGUGUUGAUUUCCGGUUUCAGGGCUCAGAGGCUACAAGGGAGAUCUGGAGGCAGCAUUGGAUUGGGUUUAAGCCUGUGAAAACGAAGUGAAUGUAGGGGCUAGCUACCUAUUCUAUAGAAUUUAGACGCAAAGUGAUAAAGGUCCCUAGAAACUAGAGCAUACAGAUGAUUCUGACCCUAGUCAUAUGGAUAAUGUCACAGAGG